AUGCGUCUCUCGGGGCUCCAAAAGGAGGUCCUGGCUCUCUAUCGCCAAUGCCUCCGAGAGGCUCGCAAGAAGCCAGAGAGCACACGCCCUCACUUCGAGUCCUUUGCAAGGGCCGAGUUCGCGCGGAGCUUGGCUAUUGACAAGCGCGAAUUUGCUGCCAUCGAGUUCCUGCUGCGCAAAGGCCGGCGGCAGCUCGAUGUUUAUUCGUCGCCCGGCAUCAAGGACGUCAGGUGA